AUGUCCGUCACCGCGGGGGUCGCCGUCGCCGUCGCCGACGCCGUAUGGGCGGAGAUCACGUCUGCUGGCCAAGCCUCCGAUGAACACCUGUCCAUCCUCGAGGCCCUGUUCGGCAAGAACAUGGUGCGCGCCUGCAAGAUCCUCGACGAGGGCGGCGUGCGCCGCGUCAGCGGCGCGCCCAGCGGCCGCUCGCUCUUCCUGGUGAUGGGGGAGUCGAAGAGGAAAGAGGAGUACAUCUGCUUCCCGGAGCACCUCUGCACCUGCUACUCCUUCUUCUACGACAUCGUCGGCCGCGGCGAGCAGCUCUGCUGCAAGCACCAGUUAGCAGCACGGCUUGCGGAGGCUGUCAGUAAACACCAGGAGAUUGAGGUAACUGAUGAGGAGCUAGCACACAUGCUUGCUAAACUCUGAAAGUUUUUCAGAGGUUUCAGUACUUCUGCAAUGCACAUAAACUUUGUGAUGGACUGAAUUUUUUGGGAAGGGGUUCUAAGCUCUAACACGAGUACUGUUCUGCAAAAGGACUUGACUGAAUUCAGUGCAAAGAACUGAAUCAAGCUUUGCUGUAGUAUCAACUAGAUGAGCUAUUGUCAAAUAUUAGGUGUUCUCGUGUAUGGUUUCCGAACCAUGCCUCCAAUGGUACGUCAUUUGGAUGUUGCCAUGGUACAACGUGAGGCAUCAUUGGUAUUAUCAUCUUCUUUUUGUUGUUGUUGUAUUUUUAAUGUGGUUAGCUUCAAGAAUGAGAAGAAUUUUGUGAUACCCUUCAUUUUAUACUUAGCUUAAAACAAAGUAUACAUAACAUUUUGAUGUUUGUCUAUGAUUUUUCAGUCCUGAAUACAAUAGCACUGCA